UCGACAGUGACGGUGACUAGACAGUCGGAGGAGGAUCAACGGGCGAUAUUUCUCAGUAACCGGGAGCUUCACCGGGGAGUCGUCAGCGUCAAACGAAGAUUAUAAACAUAUCGUUGUUUUGUUUGAUAGUUUAAAUUUAAUUCACAGUAUGUGCUGAUAAUGUUGGACGUUAAAACCCGAUGAAGUUCACCAGAGAUAUCCGCCGGCUGCUCGGUUUGGGAGGCGAUGGGUCAGGAGAGGAGGACAUGGACAUUCAGAAUGGAGCUCCUGAACCAUCAGACAGGAGAAAAGAUCAAGACUUAUCACAGGCCAUGCUGAGUGGUGAGGAUGGUUUGGAUGAUGAGAAGAAGACAAGACGGAGAGCAGAGAGGAGGAGAGCCAAAAAGAAAAGGCAGAAAGAACGGAAGAAACUGGAGAGAGAGGAGAGGAUGGAGGACGUCUCAGAGCAGGGAGAGGAAGUGCCUGGAGUGGCGUCAGAGAGCGACAGCGAGGAGGAACUGAAAGCGGAGGAGGAAUGGACUGCGGUUCGUCCCAAAAAUAAAUGCAGCCCUGAAUCAGUCCCUGCCUUCAUUACGACAGAGAACAAGAGCAACCGCCAGCCGCCCCACAGGACCUCGGAGGAGGAGCCAGAGUGGGAUGUCAGCAGUGCAUUUGUGGCCAACGCUGCCAGUCACAUCAAACUCAAAGGCCUGAAGACCAGAGCACUACAGAUCUCAAGAGAGAACAAGGAGAACGAGGCCAGGAGCAGCCAGGGGGAAAGCACAGAAGAAAUGAAGAGGAGGGGGGAGUCUCUGGCAGUGCAGGGAAUUCAAAUGUUUGAGCAAGGCCAGUACAGCCAGGCAGUGGACAUGUUUACAGAAGCCAUCUACUGUGACCCAAAAAAUCACAGGUUCUAUGGCAAUCGCUCUAGCUGUUAUUGCCGUCUGGAACAAUACUCCUCUGCACUAACAGAUGCUCAGAGGUCCAUUCAGCUGGCUCCUGAUUGGCCAAUGGGAUAUUGCUAUAAGGCUUCUGCUCUGAUGUGGUUAAAGCGGUACAUGGAGGUAGAGAAGGUCAUGGAAGACGUGUUGAAGUUAGAUCAGCACUGUAAGGAAGCAUCCAGUAUACUCUCUGAGUGCCGGAUCCUGCAGCUCAUGGAGUUGGGUUUUGAGGAAGAGCAGAGCAAACUGCUAUUAGAGAAGUUCACAACUGUUCAGGCGAUCCUCACCUCUCCUGAUGCCAAGGCACUGAAGCAUACGCCUCAGCAGGACCAGAGCGGGAGCUGUCGCUCUCUGUGGGUUGGAAACAUUACAGUGGAAGUGUCCGAGAAAAACCUCUUGGAUCUUUUCAAAACGUAUGGUGAGAUAGAGAGCAUCAGAGUUCUUCAUGAGCGCUUCUGUGCCUUCAUCAACUUCAGGAACGCCAACAUGGCUGCCAAGGCACUGGAGAAGCUGCAGGGGGUGGAGCUGGGCGGCAAUAAGCUGGUGAUGAGGUACCCAGACCGGUGGAUCCAGCGGACCAUGCCCUCCUUACAAAGGACCACUACUAGCCUGAGCUCCAGUGCUGCAGGAACACAGCAGAACUCAGCUGCCACAGGGUCCAGACGGAGGGUGGCUACAAAUGGAGACGAGUGCUUCUACUGGCGGACCACAGGGUGUGACUAUGGCGUCAAGUGCCGCUUCAAACACAUACCUGACCAGCAAGGUCGAGACAAGAAACCAUGACAAUCAUGUCUAGCAACCGCAGCACCAAGGCGCUUUAAAUGAAGAUUUACAAAGAAAAAGGAAAGGAGGAAGAGUGGAGGAGAGAGGAGAGCAGAGGACGAGACGACAAUCCGCCGGAGAACACUGACAACUGAAUCUGUCUGUGUGAGAGAGUCAGAUAUAAUAUGAAUGUGUUGUAUGUAUGAAAGUUAGUGGUUGUUCCUCUGAAAUGUUGAGGAAGCAUUCAGAGCCCAACCUCAGGAGGUUGCAUAAAGAAUAAAUCUGCGUGAUACUGCAGAACAUCUACUGUAAGGAGGUCCAAUGAAUUUAAUUUAUAGUAAGCAUCACUUUGAAACUCUGAUGAACUCCUGGUUUCUGAACUCUGCAUUGUUUGAAGGAUGUCCGCUGUCAUCAAAAUGAUUUACGUGGACAAAUAUGUUUGGUUGAAUUGUACUGGAAACUCUUGUGUAUCUCCUGUGUUGGAUUGCUAUACAUGUUAAAUGAAGUUAUUUUGAUAUAUUUAAAAUAAGAUGAAACAUUUUUGCAUUGAAAAUUUGCACAAAACUAUCAAUGAAACCCACAUUAAAAAUGUUUUCGGGUUUGCAAACUUA